CUUGGAGAAUAGUCCAAACUCAGCCUUGCAAUGCCAAGAAAGUGGGACCUUUUAAGUAGAUCAGUUUUUUUUUAGAUUUUACUUGCAAAUGAUUAUGUUGUCUUGGCAGUUUAUGGGAUCCUAGAACUAUUUGGUCCAGUUAUGUUCAUUUUAUAUGGUCUUUUCUCUUCCUCAGUCAUAAGUCAUAACCAACGGUUUAAGCCCACUUCCUGCACCAUGACAAGUAUGAGCCAAGAUUUCUAUAGAGCGAAAGAAGAUUUCGACCGAACAAAAGCUGGAGUUAAAGGAUUGUUAGACUCUGGUGUAUUGAAAAUCCCCAAGAUUUUUGUUCAUCCGCCGGAGAAUCUUCUGCACACCCUGUCUUCAGGAACUUACUGUUUGAACCUUAAAGUCCCAGUGAUAGAUCUUGAAGGAGUUGAAGGUGGAAAAAGAGCAAAGACUGUUGGUGAGUUACGAGGAGCGUCAGAAAGUUGGGGGAUUUUUCAACUCGUUAACCAUGGGAUUCCGGGUAAUAUUCUAGAAGAGAUGAUAGAAGGUAUACAACUGUUCCAUGAGCAACCGAGGGAGGUGAAGAUGGAAUGGUACUCACGUGAGCACGGACAGCAAGUAAGGUUUUACUCAAAUGGAGAUCUUUACGUGUCCAAAGCUAUUAACUGGAGGGACUCGAUAUCUUGCCACUAUGCUGAUGGUGUACUUGAUCCUAAUGCAUUGCCAGGAGUUUGCAGGCAGGCAAUAAAAAAUUACAUGGAAAGGAUCAUGAAGCUGAAAGAUACGCUAGCAGAGCUUCUUUCAGAAGCACUAGGACUUGAUGUAGACUACUUGGCAAAACUUGAUUGCAUAAAAACAGCAACACUUGUUUGCCACUACUAUCCCUCUUGCCCUGAGCCAGAUUUGACAUUAGGAGCAACAAAGCACUCAGACCCAUCUUUCAUGACCAUUCUACUUCAAGAUAGUAUCGGGGGUCUCCAAGUUCUCCAUAGAAAUCAAUGGGUUGAUGUGCAACCAGUAAAAGGGGCACUUAUAGUAAAUAUUGGUGAUCUUAUGCAGCUCAUCACAAAUGACAAGUUCAAGAGUGUUGAACACAGGGUAUUGGCUGCAUCAAUUGGGCCGAGAAUAUCGGCUGCAUGUUUCCUGUAUCCAAGUACCGAAAGUAGUUCUAAGCCAUACGGGCCGAUAAAGGAGCUGCUAUCUGAACAGGACGCACCAAUAUACAGGCAAACUAACCAUAAAGAAUAUAUGGCUCGUUACAGAGCAAAAGGACAAGAUGGUACCUCAACCCUUACUUUCUUUAAGCUCUAGAAAACAAGUUUGUCAAGCAACUAUUGUGUGCAACAUCAUUUCUUGCUCUAUUAUAACUGGAAUUUAGUUCUGUCAAAAAAAAAUAUUUAGUAAAUAUGUAUUUUGUAAGGCUAGAUAGUUAUGAACAUUCUAACUAGUUUGGUAUAUUUUGGUGAUUUGGUCAACCCCUAUAAGCAUCAUAUGCCUCUUACAUGGGGUUGCACAACAAAACCAUUGUCGUAUAUCUCAAAAUCAAACUGAACUGGUUUGCUUCAGUUAAAUCCAGUUUGUUGCCUCAGCCGAUUUGUACUUGAACACAACUUUUCACUCCUUAGAAAGGAGUUGCUGCAGCUUUAAGU